AUGACAACACCACAAAGAAAUGCUCAAUCCGCAUCCACACGAGAUACAGCACUAACUCAAGAAUUAUCACAACUACGCAAAAUAAACAGCAUACUAUCGUCGUUUUCCACAACAAUCGAUAAAGUACAUAACGAUCUCAUAUUAUUUAAUAAUGGAACAUCAAAUGCAAUGAUAAUGAUGCAGAAAUGGAGUAAUAUAAUAUCACAAGCAAGUUUUACUCAAGAGAUGUUAAACAAUACGGAUUGGUUACCAGAAGAUGAAGAUGAAGAAAAUCAAGAUCAAGAAUAUUUUAAUGAAAUUAAUGAUAAAAAUGAUGAUGAUGAAAUAGAAUUAUUAUCAAGAAAACUUAUGAAUUAUGAAAGUGAAAAUUUAAUAUUAAAUAAAAAAAUUGAAAAAGAACUUGAAAAUAAAAAAGAAAAGAUGAAAAAAAUUGAAGAAAUUGCUAAUAAAAGGAAAAGAGAAUUAGGUUUAAUUGGUAAUAGAAAUAAAAUACCAAAACGAUGGUGA